CAAAAAGGUCGUCAAGACGAAGGGUAACAAGGAAAAGUGGUCCCAGGGCUCCGAAAGAAUUUCUGUGGUGACGCUAGGUCAUUGCCCUAGACACAAAUGGCAAGCGAGAGAAGGGAUUUGAUUGGAUGUCAAGAAUGGUCCGUGCGCCUUCCCAAUUCGCUCACCUUACCUCUUCGCAUUUCGGUCAGCAACAGCACACCGACCCAGCAUGUCGAGACAACAGCUGUCAGAUGAAUGCCGCCGACCUGCGUCGAGCUUCACCUAUGAACUAAACGUCCCAGGUUCUUAUAAUAAUCUCGACUCUUGUUCAAAACAAGCCGACAGGGCUUCUGCUCUACCUCUAUUAAGCCCCAGGUGGCUUCAGGCACAUCUCCUUCCAACCCUCGCCUGCAUAUUUGGAAUUAAUCCGAUCCUUUAUAAGCCGACAGCCCAUCCUGUUCUUUUUGUUCGAUUCGCCUGUUUUGACCGUGAGGUACUGGCGUGUAUCCUGUCUUCCGUACCUAAACCCCAAGCGCCAGAUGUGGUUAUGAGGACUCUUGCUCCGGUCCGGGAAAAAAAGGAAAAAAGAAAAGCCAAACCCUCAAGGAAGCCCGUGUCCUUGAUGUACUCCUGCCAAACAGUUGAUAAUAUAAUGAUAAAAAAAGAAAUAAAGAACACCCCCAUCCAUCCUUUGGUCUUGCAGUUCCGACUUGAUGACGGGAAAGGGAACAACGACUACCCCCCAGGUGGAUGCGUCAGGGUGGUGGAAAAUUACAAUGGAAAGAGUGCCGCGUCCGAAAGGGGAUAAAGCUCUAGCUUGCUUCGGUUUGUUUGCCGAAGUUAUAGUAGGAGCAACGUUGAAUCUCAGCCUGUUGUGUUGUGUUGGCUUUUUCCCCUUCUUCUCGGCGAGUCUUCCACUUCCAGUCCGACACGAGAAGAGCGGGCAUAUUAUGCAUGCUGCCCCUGCUGGAACAUAUUUCGAUAUUUCGAAACUGAAAGAGGGGUGGAACCAGUAGGGUUCAUGUGGGAAGCUCCCUGG